AUGGCACAGCAGUCUCAAAUCACAGACCGAAGCUCAAGCAACAAGCCAUCUGAUAAUCUGCAGAAAAGAGCUGUCGUCUCGUCGCUCAUCUUCACUUUCCCAGAUGGCGAGUCCUCCAAGCCCAAGGUAGCUCUGUUUCGCCGCAGCGACAAAGUAAGAACGUAUCGCCAUCACCUAGCCCCAAUAUCCGGUAGUAUCGAUCCAACCGACAAAGACCCCCUCACAGCCGCAUGGCGCGAGCUCCACGAAGAGACCACCCUCACCCCUACAAACUUGACCCUCUGGCGCGUAGGGAAACCGUUCACCUUCGGCGACUUGUCCGUCAACCGCGAAUGGACCAUCCACCCGUUCGCCUUCAAACUGAAACCCCCAAGCCAGGGCGGCCAAGGCGAGGCGGCCAUCAAGACAGACUGGGAGCACGAAAGCUGGGAAUGGCACGAUCCGGACUCCGUCAUCGAUGACGAGAACUUCGGCGGCGUCCCGCGCCUCCACGAGACGCUGCGCCGAGUCUGGUUCGAGUGCGAGAUGGACGAGCACGCGGGGGAAGCCCUAGCAGCGGGAUUGAAAAGACUGCGCGAGGACCAUGAGAGCGGGGCGCACGAGUUGACGGCCAUCGCGCUGACGACGUUCCGGGAGGUCAUCGAGCAGACGCAUGGCAGGAUAGACGAGACGUGGUGGUGGAUGGUGCGCAUGGCUGCGUGGCAUCUUGUCAAGAACGGCCGGGAGAAUAUGGGCGCCGCGACGCUCAACGCGCUCCUCUCGGUGCUGGUGGCCAUGGACGAGAUUCUGAACCAGACAACGGACAACGGGCAGAAACGGGACCGGAUGCUCUCGGCCAUCGACUUCCAUCUCGCAAAUCGAAAAGCCAAUACCGCCCGUGUCAAGGACGCGUUCACCUCCUACAUCCAAUCCGCCUUUCUCGGGACCGAGUCAAAGCGAGACAGAAUCACCAUGCUCACAUUAUCCUCCAGCUCCACGAUAAGAGACAGCAUCCUCGACGCCUUCGCCUCGCUAGACAUCCGCACACUCGAACUGCGAAUCCUCGAAUCCAGACCGCUCUUCGAAGGCGCCAGCCUCGCCUCGUCCAUCUACUCCCGCUUCAAAUCCGAGUUCGGAUCGAUCCCCAACAAGAACCUUGAUAUCAAAGUAUACACGGAUGCAGCGGCCGCGUUGGCCGCACAGAACGUCGACAUCGUUCUCCUCGGCGCUGACCGCAUCUGUUCGUCUAAGGGCGUAAGCAACAAAACCGGGUCACUGCCCAUCGUGCUCAGCGCAAAGCACGUCACACCAAACGCGAAGAUUCUUGUUCUCAGUGAGCUGGAAAAGGUUGUUGGGGACGACGGGAUACUGGAAGACAAGGUUGAGGAUAACGACCCCGGAGAGGUAUUUAGUGCAUGGCGCAAUGAAAGGGUCAAGGGCACACAGGUGCUUGAAGACAGCUCGACUGGUUUCAAGACAGACCAGGAAAAUUCGGCAACUAUCGAAGUCAAGAAUAUAUAUUUCGAGUGGGUCCCGUUAAUGUUGGUUGACGCCUUUGUGAGUGACGAAGGGGUUCUCGAUGAGACAAUCAUCGAAAACAAGUCACAGCAGCUAGGGAAGUUGGCAAGUAAAUACUUUGAUGACUUAUGA